AGUAAUAUAAAAUUGAACAAAAGGAAUUUGACUCUUUGGAAGAGAAACGUUUGCAGAUUGUAAGAUGGCAAAAGACUGAACAAUUAAAUCUGAUUUCAGCAAUUAAAUCAUAAAGGAAGGAAAGAAAGACUGGAUUUUGGGGCAGAAUUUGAGCUUACAAAGAAGAGACUGGAAUCAUGGAGAAUUGCUUUUGGAAAAGGCAAGGUCUGUAUGUCCUUCUCUCUUUCUCUUUCCUUAGAGUAAUGUGUGCUUCAAUUCGCUUUUCUGUCCCUGAAGAAAAGAAAAAGGGGUUUCUGGUGGCUAAUGUGCUCAAGGAAUUGAAACUGAAAACAGGGGAGCUCUCCACACGCAAAGCGCAUUUAGUUGCUGAGGACACUCAGGAAUACUUCCACCUUGAUAUUCAUACUGGGGAUCUGUUGAUUAAUGAUAAAAUAGACAGAGAAGCUUUAUGUGGCCAGAAUGAUCCUUGUCUACUUCUUUCUCAGUUUGUCUUGGAAAACCCCUUAGAUAUCUUUAAUAUUGAAAUCAAGAUAGAAGAUGUAAAUGACAAUGCACCCAAAUUUUGGAAAAACAAUUUGGAGGUAGACAUUCUUGAGACUGUUCCUAAAAGUACGAAAUUCCCCUUGGAACCUGCCCAAGAUUAUGACUUGGGAGAAAAUGGCGUUCAAAAUUAUACUCUUAGUCCCAAUGAGCAUUUUCAGCUUGAAGUACAAAAGAAUGAAGAUAGAAAAGACAAUAUAUACCUUGUUUUGAAGAAAACAUUAGAUAGGGAGAGGAUGCCACACCUUGAAUUGUUUCUAAUGGCUAUUGAUGGAGGAGUUCCCAAGAAAACUGGCACAGUUCAAAUUAAUAUUAAUGUUCUGGAUAGUAAUGAUAAUUUUCCUCUGUUUAGUAAGUCUGAAUAUAAGGCAAGAAUAAAGGAGAAUCUGCCUAAGGGCACUCUUGUGAUUAAGGUGGAAGCUACAGAUCUGGAUUUGGGUUCAAAUGCACAAAUACUCUACUCAUUCCAUCAAGUGCCUGAAAGAAUAAACCAUAUGUUUUAUUUAAAUGAAAUUACUGGUGUAAUAACUGUUUGGGGACAGAUUGAUUAUGAAAAAGAGAAAAGCUAUAGCAUGAGCAUCAGAGCAACAGAUGGAGGGGGUCUUUCAGGGCACUGCAGCGUACUGAUAGAGGUUGAAGAUGAGAAUGACAACCCCCCAGAAGUGUCCAUCAUAUCUCUGACCAACACUUUAAAGGAAGACUCUCCCCCAGACACAAUGGUGGCCCUCUUCAGUGUGAGAGACCAAGACUCUGGAGACAACAGCAAAACGGUGUGCUCUGUGCAGAUGAAUCUCCCUUUUGCGCUGAAAGCCACCACAAACAACUUUUAUCAGCUUGUGCUCGAAAGUCCCCUAGACAGAGAGACGGUCACUGAAUACAACAUCACCAUCACUGCCAUUGACUGGGGAUCUCCUAGGCUCACUUCAACAAGACUGAUUAAUGUUCAGAUCUCCGAUGUCAAUGAUAACCCUCCCCUUUUUGAAAAGUCUUCAUAUGACAUGCAGAUCAGGGAGAAUAAUAUUCCAGGCUUGCUCAUCGGCUCAGUCCAUGCUCUGGAUCUAGACACAAUGCUGAAUGCUAAAGUGAAUUACUUAGUUCUGCCUGGGAAGGGUGAUGGCCUGGUGACCUCUUACAUCUCAAUCAACUCUGAAACUGGAAACAUGUAUGCCCUCCGAUCCCUGGACUAUGAGCAGAUAAGAGGCUUCAGAGUUACUGUGAGGGCAUCUGAUGGAGGUUCUCCCUCCUUGAGCUCAGAAGUGAUUGUCCGAAUCCACAUCAUAGAUGAGAACGACAACGCUCCCUUCUUCCUGUAUCCCCUCCAGAACAACACAUCCCCAUGCAAUGAGCUGCUUCCCAAGUCAGCCGAGGCUGGCUAUCUGGUCACCAAGGUGGUUGCAGUGGAUGCAGAUUCUGGCCAAAACUCCUGGCUUUCCUAUGAAUUGCUGAAGGCCACGGACCCAGCCCUUUUCAGCAUAGGAGCACAGAAUGGGGAAGUGAAAACCAGGAGAGCCCUGAAUGAGCGAGACACAAACAAGCAGAGGCUGGUGAUACUGGUCAGAGACAAUGGUCUUCCUCCACAGACCAGCACGGCAUUGCUUAAUGUUCUUCUUGUGGAUGGCUUUUCGGAUCCCUUCCUGAGGAGGGUGGAUGUCAGUGUGCAAGAACCGGAAGAAGAUAAAACCUUGACCAAGUAUUUGGUGAUCUGCUUGGCUGCAGUCUCCUUUGUGUUCCUGGUCUGUAUUGUUGUGUUUAUUGUGGUCAAAGUGUUCAAGAAGGAUCCCCAAAGCCAAUUUCCUACUACUCAUCCUCAUUUUCCACCUGUCAGUGCUGAUACUCCAGAGAACUGUGCUGAUUCACAGAAUGGGUCGCUUUCCAGGACUUACCGUUAUGAUGUUUGUUUGACUGGUGGAUCCUUAAGUAGCGAGUUCCGAUUUCUCAGGCCCUUCUUUCCAGUCUUUUCGGUGGGAGAUGUUAACGUCUCAGGGAACAAUAGUAUUUCUGCAGGCAUCCAAGAUACUUCUGAGCAGGUUGCAGUUAAUAGCACAAAGAAAGAGUAUCACUUUUUGCAACAUGGAAAGAUGUGGGGACAGAAUGCCAACAUACUGGGAUAUUUACUGAAUGGUUGCAAACAUGACUUCCAGGCACAUUUUCCUGGUGCAGUAGGAAAAGUAGUCUUUCUCCUCCUCCUCCUCCUUCCACCCAUCCCAAUUUCUUUAGGUAUAAACUUUUAGGUAUAAACUUGUAUCAUGCAAGGUAAAUCUCUAAGGUAUUUUAGCCAUGAUAAUAAAGGAAGGUUUAUAGGUUGCUGACAACGGACAAUGGAUUUUUGUUUUAAAUCUGUUUGCAAGUGCUGAAUAUAGAUGCUUUUUCAUGCUUUAACAAACUAAUGCACAGUUUUCACUCAAGGCACAGAUUACCAGGCUUAAAUUAUCUUUCCUUGGACAGAUAAUGCAUAGACUACUUGGAAAGAAAGAAAAGAUGAGGUUGUACACCUGAAAAGGAAUGUAACAAACAAUUGGUUUUCUGAGACAGUAAGGUAGAAAGGUGAUCUUGUGGCUGUGUGUGUGUGUGUGUGUGUGUGUGUGUGUGUGUG